GACAGAUGAGCGAGUUGCUUCGACUCAAUUUCGUCCCCAUAUCUCAGUCGCGUAGCAAUCGUGGUUUCGAUUGGGUCGGGUUUUUGUUUGUGAGGGCGGCCGUCGAAAGCGUCGUUUGUAGAAAUUUUCCACGCGAAAAGUCGUAAAGUUGCUCGGUAAAGUGCAUAAUUUCUACUUGUAGAGGCUGCGCGAAGUGCAGCAAGCUGUUCACGGUGAGAGGUUUGCCGCUGUCAAUAUUUGCCCAACGGUUUAGCGUUCAAUCUAGCUCUAAUUCGUGUCUACAAGGUUCAAGAUGUGUUUGUCUCAAGUCAACUGGAGAUAAAUCUGUAAGCCACAAUCAAACGUCUCAGGAAGAUAAGUUCUUGACACCGAUAAUAGGCGGUAAAGAUAAAGCAUUAAGAAUGACCGCCACUUCCGAACCACAACAGGCCAUCGACAGAUUGGCAGCGAUUCAAAAGAGCCAAGUCAACGCGGGGCAAGUGAAUCAAGCGUUCGAACUAAACGACGUCGAAGGCGCCAAAAAUGGUUCACCAUCGGAGGGUGGCAAAACACAAAAUGGCAUUCCCUCAGACAGUGGAGGAGGAGGAGGAGGUGGUGGACAUGGCAUCGAUUCCGACCACCCGACAAACUAUUUGGAAACCAUCAUGCACAUCUUCAAAGGCAACGUCGGCCCGGGUUUGUACGCCAUGGGCCAAGCGUUCUACAACGGCGGCAUACUCGUGUCCCCCAUAUUGACCGUCCUGCUCGGGGUCACGUGUAUUCACAGUCAGCAUCUGUUGUUGAUCGCGUCGAAGAAAAUCAAAUCGAAAUUACCCGCAUCGAACAAGUAUCCAGAUUUUGCGGAAACGGUUGAGCUCUGCUUCGAGUAUGGGCCGGUACGAUUUCAACGGUGGAGCCGCGCGAUGCGAUUGGCCGUGAACAUUUUCAUCUGCGUCACCCAGCUAGGGUUUUGUACUGUGUACUUCGGAUUCAUAAGUAACAACUUGAAACAAAUCUACGACUUCUACGGGAUUCACCUGGACAUUCGGUUGCACAUGCUCAUCAUUCUGGUGCCGAUCCUACUUCCCUCUCUAAUCCGAAACUUCAAAUACUUGGCCUGGUGUAUGACUCUGGCCAACGCGUGCAUGAUCCUCGGUAUUUGCAUAACAGCCUAUUACGCCGUGCAGGAUCUCCCCGCGAUCAGUGAACGCAACUACUUCUCUAGUUGGCAUCAGCUACCGCUCUACUUCGGAACGGCCAUUUUCGCCUUCGAAGGCAUCGCUCUAGUCCUGCCGCUUCAGAAUGCCAUGAAAACCCCGGAAGACUUUGGACGGCCGCUCGGAGUGCUCAACGUAGGAAUGGCCAUUGUCACAUUCAUUUUCACCGGGUUGGGCUUUGUGGGGUAUCUCAAAUGGGGUGAUGACGUCAAAAGCAGUCUGACACUGAACAUCCCGCACGAUGAAAUCCUGGCACAGAGUGUAAAAGUUAUGGUCUCAUUCGGGAUCCUGCUUGGGUACGCUCUACAGUUCUUCAUCGCCAUCCAGAUCAUGCUGCCCUCGGUGGUGAAAAAAAUCAACUUCGGUAAAAAUCAUCCAGUGUUGGUUGAUUUGGCUUUCAGGACGUUUAUGGUUUUGGUAACCUUUGCCAUCGCAGAAAGUAUUCUCAACGUUGGAGCGUUAAUCUCACUGAUCGGGGCAUUAUGCUCGACAUCAUUGGCCUUGGUGUUUCCACCGAUACUGGAGCUGAUUUUGGGGCUUGCCGAAAAGGAGUGUCCUGUGGAAGCGCCGGGAGCAGGACCGAGCAGCAGUAUAAGCGUUUUUGUGUGGACUAAGAAUAUUUUAAUAUUGUUGCUAGCGUCGUUCAUUUUCGUUACCGGAACCAUCGAAAGUUUGGGUGCGAUAAGACACCUUCAGUAGGUUUGUGAUACAUAUAUACUUUUUUAAGAAUG